CGACAUUCAAACACUUCCACGUUGACUCUCAGGAUGGGUCAGAAUGUGGUUAAAAAGGCGCUGGAGAGGGGAGAGAUGUUUUAUACGCAACAGCGCUUCGACGACGCCGUGGAAGAGUGGAAGAAAGCUCUGAAGGGGCUGAAGAAGCCUCCGGAGAAGUUUGCCAUCGCGGGCAAAAUCUGCUCGGCCCUCUGCGACGUUGGCAAAUACCGCGACGCCCUGACCUACGCCGGGGAACAAUGCGAAAUCGCGAACUCCCAGAAGGACGCCGCCAUGAAGUCGGAAGCGUUCUUUAACGUGGCAUUCUGCAACGAGAGGUCUUGCGAGUUCAGCAAGGCGAUAUCCUACAGCCGACAGUCUCAGCUCCUGCACCCGGAGAAGUCGCCUAUGAACGGAUACGUUCACCUGUGUAUCGGUGGCGCCUAUGCCGGUACCAGCGAAUUUUCGAAAGCGUGGAACAAUUAUGUCAUCGCCAUGGGCGAAGCCAAAUCAAGUGGAGACAAGGUUUUGGAGAUUUUAACAUCAGCCAAAAUGGGGGCUCUUUUCUGUUGUCUUGGCGACUACGAAACGUGCAAUGCUUAUUGCGGCAACUCGCUGGACUUACUGGGCGACCUCAUGGACGACGACCCUAGCCUGAAGUACAAACGUCAGGUCACCGUCUGCUCGACUACGGCGGUGAAGAAGAUGGGUCGCUACACAGAAGCGAUGGACGCAUGCGAGGAUGCUAUGCAGUUGGCAAUGAGACACAAUGACCGACCAGUCCAGGCCAGGUGUUUGUUUAUGUUUGCUGACAUCCACAGAAAGCGCAACGACCUUGAGAGGGCAACACCGCGGUACGAGUCAGCCUUAAGCAUCAUGUCCGAGAUUGGUGACAGACUGGGGCAGGUGGAGGUGCUCGGAGGCAUGGCCAAGACAGCAGCCUGCCAAAGAGAUUAUCAGAAGGCCAUCGAACUCAACGAGAAAGCACUAGAACUCGCUACUAAAAUUGGAGGCAAGUUGGAAAUGGUACGCUGUCACGCCCGACUACAGCUACUCAGCGAGGUUGUCGGAGAGGACGUCCACAUGAGACGUCAUUCCAGCGUCAUCAAGCAACUGUUGCAGGAGAUGGAUCUCUUCUGUGGUGUAUGCGGUGAGGUGGUGGGUCAAGUCCCUGAACGUCUGGAGCCAUUGACCUGCGGUCAUUUCGUGCAUGCCAGAUGUGCUGUACAUUUAGCAAGAUCAACAAUGGGGCGAAGUGGGAAGAGACGCCCCUGUCCAGCCUGCAGGAAGAAUGCUUCACUCAACCCUGCUCAACCACCCACGUGAUGUGGCAACCCAUAUAUUAAUUGAAGGACAAUAUAAAAAAAAAAUAACAUUGAUAUGUCUAGUUACACUUUUUACAAGACUCUUUGAAACAGUGUUUUUGUAACAGACAUGUGAUUCAGUCUGGACCGGAUUUAGACCUUCUGAGGCCCUAAGCAAGUUGAGAAAUUGUAAUCAACAUAAAGCAAUUUUUUUCUUUGCUCUAGUUAAGAAACAGAUGACCUUGACAUCAUCUGCCCUAUGGAUCCAAAAAUUUAAAAUGGGAAUAAGUGAGGAUAAGAGCAGAUAAAUGAAGAUAAGAUAAGAUUAUUGAAAGUAUCAUUGGAAUUUUUUUAAUUUUUGGAGAGGGAGUCCCCACGCAAGUGAGGGUCUUAGGCAAUAGCUUAUAGGUAGGCUAAAUCUAGCACUGGCUUAAACACCAAGAUUAUGAAAUACUAAAAUGUCCUGAUCCCCUGCUGUUGAGACUGUAAUAAUUUUUUAGUGGUUUUCAAAGAAAAUGGUUUUGUUGGAAAAGUUGUAUUUACUUUGUCACAAUCUUUUAAAAAAAGCAAAAUUAGUUACGUCUUUGUUAGUAAGUAGUAUUAGGCCCUAUAGGUCUUACUUUCGGUGAGAGGGCGUGUCUUGAGGCGGACUUGACCAAGGACUUACCAACUAGGAACACUGAGAAAUGAGAGAGAAAGCGUUCCGUCCAUUGAUUUUUUUUCCCAUGUCUGUGGCAUUUUACGAGAGACGAUCUUUUCCCUUUGCAACUUCUUGUGUGACCAAAGAGGCCAAUCCUUGAUACACAGCUGCGAUCGCUGGUUGGGCAUAUGUAAUCACCAGGCGACGUUGCAUUAUCACCCUUCUUUCUGCGCUUCUGUUGUGUAUGGCAUCUGCAUUCCCAGACCCUUCCUUUAUGCUCUCUCUCCAUGUAGAUCUAUCCAGUGCUACUUUUCCCCAGCUGCUAGUGUCGAUUUUUGAAGAGCUUCAUGUCGCGUUUGCAUACAUCCGUAUAACGUAAAAGUGGGAUACCAGCGGCUCUCCUGCCUUCCCACGACUGACGUAAAUUGUGUGAUGCACAAAAUGUCUUUGGAUCAAAUCCUCUCUUGCAAAACCCCUGGCCAGAAACCCUGCUGUCUUGCGUUGUGCAUGCAUGUCACCAUACAGGUCGAGAAUUUUUUGUUUCCCAGACACGUGGAGACAGCAAGUCAUGGAAUGGGUUGCCUGAGCCAGCCAGGAAAACAAAUGGCUUGGCAGAAUUUAAGUCAUUGGUUGACAUGCAUGACUAAAUGUAGUAACGUCUGUAUUUUAUAAGAUUACUAGAAAAAUGCCCAUUUGAUUUUAAAGUCAUUGAUUGAAACUCUACCAUUUCUACUGCAUUAAAAUUAGUUUGUGAAAGAAACAGAAGAGACCCUACACUUUGAUGCUGCAGUCCUGAAUAGUGCACACCAAUAGUAUCAUUCACAUGUAACAUCAGAAAUAAACAUAACAUACCAACACUUCCUUUCUUGUGUACACUAGAUACAAACAAAAACCCUUCCUUUCAUGUGUACACUAGAUACAAACAAAAACCUUUCCUUUCUUGUGUACACUAGAUACAAACAAAAACCCUUUCUUUCUUGUGUACACUAGAUACAAACAAAAACCUUUCCUUUCUUGUGUACACUAGAUACAAACAAAAACCCCUUCCUUUCUUGUGUACACUAGAUACAAACAAAAAUCCUUCCUUUCUUGUGUACACUAGAUACAAACAAAAACCUUUCCUUUCUUGUGUACACUAGAUACAAACAAAAACCCCUUCCUUUCUUGUGUACACUAGAUACAAACAAAAAUCCUUCCUUUCUUGUGUACACUAGAUACAAACAAAAACACUUCCUUUCUUGUGUACACUAGAUACAAACAAAAACACUUCCUUUCUUGUGUACACUAGAUACAAACAAAAAUCCUUCCUUUCAUGUGUACACUAGAUACAAACAAAAACACUUCCUUUCUUGUGUACACUAGAUACAAACAAAAACCUUUCCUUUCUUGUGUACACUAGAUACAAACAAAAACCCUUUCUUUCUUGUGUACACUAGAUACAAACAAAAACCUUUCAUUUCUUGUGUACACUAGAUACAAACAAAAAUCCUUCCUUUCUUGUGUACACUAGAUACAAACAAAAACACUUUCUUUCUUGUGUACACUAGAUACAAACAAAAACCGUUCAUUUCUUGUGUACACUAGAUACAAACAAAAACCCUUCCUUUCUUGUGUACACUAGAUACAAACAAAAACAUUUCCUUUCUUGUGUACACUAGAUACAAACAACAAUCCUUCCUUUCAUGUGUACACUAGAUACAACAAAAACCCUUCCUUUCUUGUGUACACUAGAUACAACAAAAACCCUUCCUUUCAUGUGUACACUAGAUACAAACAAAAACACUUCCUUUCUUGUGUACACUAGAUACAAACAAAAACCCUUCCUUUCAUGUGUACACUAGAUACAAACAAAAACCUUUCCUUUCUUGUGUACACUAGAUACAAACAAAAACCUUUCCUUUCUUGUGUACACUAGAUACAAACAAAAAUCCUUCCUUUCAUGUGUACACAAGAUUGAAACAAAAACCCUUCCUUUCUUGUGUACACAAGAUUGAAACAAAAACCCUUCCUUUCUUGUGUACAAAAGAUUGAAACAAAAACCCUUCCUUUCUUGUGUACACAAGAUUGAAACAAAAACCCUUCCUUUCUUGUGUACACUAGAUGCCUAACAAACUGGACAGUAUUAACUUCCUCCCCCGCAAAGAACAAUCUACAAUCUUCCAACUUCUAAGGACAGGAUACACACCUCUGUUAAAUUACCAUCUGAACAAAAUAAACUCCACACAACUCCCCCUUUAUAGACACUGCUGCCCACUCUUAUGAAACCGUAAACCAUAUCCUCUUUGAAUGCCCCUUCCUAAUCCACCUUAAGCAGACCCUCCUUCCACUACAGCCCAACAUAACCAACACCCUGUACGGCAGUGCUGAACAACUGAAGAAAACAGCACACUUUUUUUCCUUGGCACAGUCUGCAAAAGAGCUGACAGCUCAGCAGCAAUAAAGCUGGCUAGAAGAAGAAGAAGUGUACACAAAAUACAACAAAAAGUUAACUAUUUAAAAGUUGUAUGCAGAUGUAUGAUAUUUUGUUCUAUAGCUAAAGAAUAUAUAAGGAAACAUGUAUAUUGAUUUGUUUACAAAACCUGAAUUAUAUAAUUAUCUAAAUUAUAUAUAUAUUUCAAGAAAUUUGAAUCAUGCUGUAAGCCAUAUGUCUGUAUAAUUAAUAAAAUUUUUUUGGCGGGGGGGGGGGGGGGAGGGUAAGGUUUGACUGUUAUUCAGAGACGGAUUUUGCACACACACACAAAAAUUGUUCUUGAGAUAUAGUACACAAACUUUUGGAAUAUUAUGCAAGCCUUAGACACGGUGUGCGCUAUUAAGUUAUUAACUUAUCAUAGUUAUACAAUGUUAGACCAAAAGUAAGAUUGUUUAUAUAUAUAUUUACAUGUAAUGUAAGUGUGAUUGCCUUUCAUGUGUAUGAGAAAGAAAGAUUAAUGAGUUAUGAAAUGUGUGUGUAUUUUUACAGUUUUAUGUAAUGAUUUAUUUGUUUAGUGGGCUUGUGAUAAAAAAAUAAAUGUCAAUGUGAACUGUGUAGUACGUUGUGUAUUACUAUGCAAAAUAAGGAAACCAGAAAUAAACUUUAAAACUUUUGAA